GUUCCUCCUGGAUGGCAGAUUUAUAUUCAUCCUGAAGGCUGCCUCUAUUACUGUUAUGAGAGUGUGGUGAAUUUUGACAGGUAUUCAAAGAAAAUUCACGUGAUAACACAGGCAGAUCUCGUUCAUGACGGAGUUGCUGAGACAACCGAGAACCUUGCAAAGCUUGCCUACAGUCAUGCCUGUCAAUAUCCUUCUUUCCCGGUGAACGUAGACCUCGUGUUGGAACUUAUGGACGUCGGAGAAACCAUUACAGCAGGCUAUUAUUUUGCGCACCACGAGAACAGGUGCCUGUUCUGGUUACAGGACUUCGAUGCCACCAGCAUCUUGCGGGAAUGCUGUGGGGUCACCGAACUUUCUCAUAUCCGCAUGGUGACUGCUCACGCAAGUAGGAAACAUAUCGACCUGUUUCCGCACACAAGUGCUCUCCACUCUCAGGUUCUUCGACAAUUGCAGCAGAUCAUACGUUUUGCGAUAAGCGAUUGCAUGACUUCGGAGGUGUCGGCGGUCUGCGCUUUCAGCAUUGAUGUCCUCAAGAACACUCUGGAUCUCAUCAAAGAUGUGGAUGGUAGGCCACACCAACUCCAGAGAUCGCAAAACUCAUUGUAUCUCAAGUGGAGAACGAUUGGGUUCAGACACUGUCAAUACCUCAAUUAUCACGGGCAGCAAAGCGCGCGGCUCUCUCGAGAUCAGACUGUACAUGGCGACUCCUACGAGGAGCGGUCCGUGAUGAUGAGACGUCUUGCACCCUUACUCUUCAAUGCCCCCUAUGAGCACGUCCGCUCUCUUCACAAACUCUACGUCGACUCCAUAGUUAAUCAGCUCGACUGGCGCACCUUCGUUCAGAAGCUGAACGCCGAGAUGCAGGACUUCAAUCUGCUUGCGACAGUGCUCUUGAGUGUCAACGUUGGUUUUCUAGCGAUUCAGAGCGUAGAUAGCGGUGGGGGACAUUCUUUGUCGCAGGUCACGAGCUAUGUUUCUGUGAUCUCAAGUUUUGGGAGUAUGCUGCUCGGUGUGAAUAUUGCGAGACAAAGCUACACGCGAGGUCCAGACAUGGUUGAUAACGCGGUGCCACGCCUGGAGAGCUUAGUGCACCCAAAGCACGGCCUCGAGACGCUUGCAAUCAUAUACAGCCUACCGUAUGCUUUACUCAUGAUGAUAUUUUUCGUGCUGGCAUUCUUUACUGAAUGUUUUAAUCACUCGAGUGCGGUCCCUUCAGUUCCUGUGAGCGUGGCGGCGCUUAUUGUGCUGGUGCUUGUCGGAUGGUCUUGUUACACGUUGGGAGACAGUGUGGAGCGUGGGCACUUGUCUGGAAGCGUGAUUACGGCAGUACAGUGGAUCAAGGAUCUACCCAGAUGGGUGGUGCGCUCAGUUUCCCCCCAUGCGCCUUGA